AUGGAGCCUGUUCUGUGGUGCGUUUCAGCCUCCACUGGAACUAAUUAUGGAAAUUGGCCAUGGCAGAUAUUCAACAUGAAACCACUACAGAUCGUGUUUCCCUCAAGGGCGGACCCCGAAAGCCCGAUCAUCGACCUGGACCUCCACCUGCCGCUGCUGUGUCUCAGCGCCGAGAAGGUGCUGCAGGUCCUCACCUGCCUUCUCACGGAGCAGCGGGUCGUGUUCUUCUCCUGCAGCUGGGCACUGCUGACACUGGUGGCCGAGUGCUUCAUGGUCUACCUGCACCCUCUGCAGUGGCAGCACACCUUUGUGCCCAUCCUGUCCCGGCAGAUGCUGGACUUCGUCAUGGCGCCCACGUCCUUCCUCAUGGGCUGCCACCUUGACCACUUUGAGGAGGUCAGCAAGGUGAGGCGUUGCCGUUGGGGUUACGACGUUAGGUUCUUGUGGCAGCAGCGCCUCAACGGCCAGAUACAGCAGAUCACCCUGCAGCUGCUGGUCAGCAUCCUCAGGGAAGUAAAGAAUCACCUGAAUUAUGAACACAGAGUAUUUAAUAGUGAAGAGUUUCUCAAAACAAGAGCUCCAGGGGACCAGCCGUUCUAUAAACAGGUUUUGGGCACCUACAUGUUUCACUCUUUUCUCAAAGCCCGGCUCAGCAGAAGGAUGGACGCCUUCGCUCAGGCGGACCUUAACAUGCAGGCGGAGGAGGACAGAAUAAAUGGGAUACCCAUAAGUCCAAGAAGACCAACCACUGAGAAAACGGUCUCGCGAAAACCUUCGCCCUUGCAAGUCGCCCACAGGCGCAUGGUGGUCAGCAUGCCCAACCUGCAGGGCAUCACGGUGCCCGACCUGCUGCCCAGGAACUUGUCACUUCGGGAAGUAGAUACUGUGGAGUAUGGGGGCGGCACAGUUGACCCUAGUGUGACUCGUCAAGCGACGUACACCUUCAGAAUCCCGGAGGUCCACUUUCCCCUGGUGAGCCAGUGCGUGCAGGCCUACUAUGCUGACUGCAUUUCCCUGCUCAGCAAAGCCAUGAGCUUCCUGGCGCCCGACAACUCGGUGCUCCUGGCGAGGUACUUCUACCUGCGCGGCCUCAUCCGCCUGAUGGAGGGGCAGCUGCUGGAAGCCCUCCUGGAUUUCCAGAGUCUGUACAAAACCGACAUAAGCAUCUUCCCUGCCGAUCUCGUGAGGAGGACCGUGGGGUCCCUGUCGGCCCCCCAGCGUGCCCAGGCCGAGCAAAAACCCGAGCUGAGGCGGCUCAUCAGCGAGGUCACGGACAAGCCCGGGGAGGCGCCCAAGGCCGACGACCGCGUGAAGAACUUUGAGCUCCCAAAGACGCACAUGCGGCUGGACGACUUUGUGAAGAGGGUUCAGGAAUCGGGCAUCGUGAAGGACGCCCGCACCAUAAACCUGCUGUUCGAGGCACUGACUGUGGGACAACAGAAACAAAUCGACCCGGAGACAUUUAGAGAGUUCUACAACUGCUGGAAGGAGGCAGAAGCGGAGGCCCAAGAGGUUAGCCUGCCUUCGUCGGUGACGGAACACCUGGAUAAAAAUGAGUGUGUUUAUAAGCUGUCUAGCUCUGUCAAGACGAACCGUGGUGUGGGCAAGAUCGCUCUGACCCAGAAGCGCCUGUUCCUCCUCACCGAAGGGAGACCUGGAUACGUGGAGAUUUCCACCUUCAGAAACAUAGAGGAAGUCAGAAGUACCACAGUAGCUUUUCUGCUCCUGAGAAUACCCACCUUAAAAAUCAAAGUGGCGUCCAAGAAAGAAACCUUUGAAGCUAAUCUAAAAACGGAGUGUGACCUGUGGCACCUGCUGGUGAAGGAGAUGUGGGCUGGGCGGAAGCUGGCCGAUGACCACAAGGACCCUCAGUAUGUCCAGCAGGCGCUGACCCACGUCUUGUUGAUGGACGCUGUCGUUGGCACACUGCAGUCGCCUGGCGCCAUUUAUGCUGCUUCCAAAUUAUCGUAUUUUGAUAAGAUGAAGAAUGAAACGCCCAUGGCAGUUCCAAAGACGACCUCAGAGACGCUGAAGCACAGGAUCAACCCCUCGGCGGGAGAGACGGCCCCGCGGGCUGUGGACGUCCUGCUGUACACGCCGGGGCAUCUUGAUCCAGCGGAGAGGGCUGGCGACGCCCACCCGAAGCUGUGGUGCGCUCUAAGCCAAGGUAAAGUGGCCGUGUUCGACGCUUCCUCCUGGACCGCUCACCAGCACUGCAUUAAAGUGGGCGCCUCCAAACUGAACUGUAUGGUGAUGGUGGAGCGGAACCAGGUGUGGGCCGGCUCGGAGGACUCAGUCAUCUACAUCAUCAGCACCCACAGCAUGUCCUGCAACAAGCAGCUCACCGACCACCGCUCCAGCGUCACGGGCCUGGCUGUGCGGGACAGGACGCGGGCACCCAGUGAGGUGUACUCGUGCAGUGCGGAUGGGAUGGUCCUGGUGUGGAACGUGCGCACGCUGCGGGUGACCAGCAGGCUCCAGCUGCCGAGCGGGCGGCUUUCGUCCCUCAGACUGCACAGUGGCCACUUGUGGUGCUGUACCAGCGACAGUAUUGUGGUAGUAACAACGGAUGGACUUCUUCAUCAAGAACUGAAGCUGAAUGAGAACUUUAAAGAGCAGAGCACCUCCUUCCUCAGCUUCCAGCUCCUCCCCGAGCAGGAGCAGCUCUGGGUAGCGCGUGCCGGCUGCGAGGACAUCUGCGUCUGGAGCCUGCGGGACCUGGCCCAGCCCCCGACGAGGAUUCGCCUUCAGGACUGCUCCGCAGUCAGCUGCCUGAUCAGGGUGAAGAGGCAGAUCUGGGUGGGCGGCACAGGGCUGUCGCAGGGGAAAUCAAAAGGGAAAAUCUACGUGAUUGAUGCUGAGAGGAAGACGGUGGAGAAGGAGCUGGUGGCCCACCUGGACGCAGUGAAGACUCUCUGUUCGGCGGAGGACAGAUACGUGCUGAGUGGGUCAGGCAGUGAGGAAGGAAAGGUCGCCAUCUGGAAAGUUGAAUAACUGUGGGUGAAUUGUGAACGGUGCUGUGCUGAGAGAGACCGCAUGCCUGCAGCCGGCCAUCCCAGUGGGGUGGGGUCGGAGACAGUCAGCCACGGGUGGGGGACCCCUGCAGGUGUAUGGGCUUCCGGAUUCAGUUAAGAAACCGACAAUAAGGCCCUUCCUCUCCUGGACUCACCUGAUCAAACUGUACCAACAGUGUUUCAGGUUGGGUGUGUCUCAGGCGGGCAGCUGGAUCAGCUGUGUGAUAACCUCUGCUGAGGAGUCACCCUGUGUGUUGUCUAGAAAGUUCCAGAAUCCAUGUCCAGGGACCAGCACCGCAGCCAGCUGGAAGCAACGCUGCCUAAUCACACGUGACCACAGACCUCAGGACUCUGGUUUAGCCUUUCCUCUACUCCGUUCAUUGAACAAAUGUGCAUGAAGCUCCAGGCUUGCAGAAAAGGGCAUUUUAAAGUGGCCACUUGUGGCUGGACACAUUUGCACCUGCCCUUGCUGUCCCCCAUCAGAGCAGGUGACCAAGGCCUGCCCAGGGAAGGGGACAACAGUGUGACUGACUGGACAGCGAGGCUGUCUGGACAGGGGUUGGGCCAGCUGCGUGAGCUCUGUCUUCUGUUCUUUUUAAUCAGUGUAGAAUUUUUAUAAUGAAGACACCUAGGAAGACUUUUUCAGCCAAAGAUCACAGAUGUGUGACCUAGUUUUCCAGUAAAGUUGCUGCUACAUAAAGCCCCUUGCCAGAUAUGAUGUCCAUUCCAGCCACGCUUGCUCCUGUGUGCACACCCCAUGUUUUUGUAGGUAGUGCCUUAUCAUCAACCAAAGAUGAUCUUACUGGCUAUAAAUAACUAAAUAUUGGUAAGAGGAGACCUUUUGCACAUUUUUACUACAUUGAGAUUUCAUUUCCUAACUGCUCAGCAAGGAAUGUCCAGUGGGCUUGCUGGAUGUGGUGGUGGGGGGCACCCUGCUAAGCACACGUGGGGGCUCGGGGCCUGUGGCCCCCCUAUAAGCUCAGCUGCAGAGGGGCUGCUGGGCCUGCCCUGGGUUUCCAGGAUUUAGAGACACCAUGCCAGGCCUUGCUCACCCUGAGAGAUCUCUUGAGGGGUUCUGUCUGGCCCCCCAGCAGGGCCAACCUUCCCAAAGCCUCUUCAGUGUCUCCAGAAGUGGCUUUGGCCCUGCAUGGGGCCAAGCAUUUUGAGAGGUGCAGAUGGGACGUUUCAGGGUGUUCUCGGAAUGCAGUGUGGAGGACAGCCAGGCGCCUGAUCCCCCCGGUCUGUGCUUUGGAGGGUCUGUAAGGAAGCGGAGCCAGCAGCAGAGGGGGUGGGUUGGAUUCUGCUUUUGUAAACACAUGAAAAGUUAGAGUAAAAGGCAUACACAUCCUUAUUUAAUGCCAGUCCACAGGUAACCAGGUAUUUUCCCUCGUCAAUAAUAAAGAAUUUUUUUAGUUUCAGUUAAUUCAGUUUAGUAAAUAACACCGUCCACUUUCCUUACUUUACCCAAUGUUAACUGGUGGGAGAGAUCCUUACGGCAAUGCAGGACCUGGAUUUGCCUGUGGUUCAUUUCAGGUGCCCAUCAACUGUAAGGUACACUUUUCCUUUUGUGAAUACCCUGAUCCAUUUGACAGUGACCGCAUUGAAAACAGUGCUUUUAGGAAAUGGCCAUUUAUAUACUGAACGCGGGAGUGGUAAGCAGUGGCAUUAGGAGGGGGCAGCAGGCCAGGCAGGGCAUUGCACACAGUGGCUGGCCAGUGGGGCUUGUGGAAACGCAAAGGGCACUUUCAUACCAUCAGCACUUCCUCCAGGAUGGAUGAUUUGUCAUGGGAAGACCCCGAAUGUGCCAGAAUUCAUUACAUAGAUGACGCCUUCCUUGCCUCAGCUUCAGAAACCUGAAUUAAACUGGUACCAAAAAGGUGUUUAUCUUGAACUAGAAGCCAACCUAACACUGUUUCAGCUCUCCAGCUGUUUCAUACAACAGGAAAGAAAACUUGCUUUUGGGUCCUGGUGCCACUCCACAGUGCCAGUCAAAGCCCCCAUCCCCAUUAUCACUGCUAAGUCAUAAUGAUGAUCACAGGGCACUGUUUUUAUGGUUUGUUCUCAGAAGACAUGAAUGCAUUACUGCUCUCAAAUGUUGUUCUUGGCAUUGAAUGUGAUUGUAACAUCUGAAUUAAAAGUGCGUGACUCUUG